AGCCUGGCCUGUGUUAACGAGAGAGUUAAACUCACACCCUGUCGAGACAUCAACCAGGAAAUCCUGCGUAGUUCCACUCAGGCUAUUGAGGCUUCUCACAACUUGAAACAACUCGGCAGCAUUGAGGAGUGCGCCUGCCGCUGGAUGCGCCAAAUAUCCCUGGAAAUUCAAGAAGUGGACAUGGUCCGAGAAGAAUCAGUUAACAGUGGUCCUCACACGGAAGUUCGGUUCUGGAAACAGAGGACAACCCGAUUUAGCUCCCUGCUCAAGCAGCUCGAGGCCACUGAAGUGAAAAACGCGCUUUUGGCGCUGAAAGAAGCACACUCAAAGACCACGGCGGUAUGA